UUAUUUCAUCUAAUUAUUUUCUUUUAUAUUUUUUUUUAAAUAUUUAUUAAUUUACAUAGGUUAGAGAACCAUCUGGUGGUGGUAUUAGAAAUAUUCAGUGUCCCAAGUAUGCAAAGCCUUUUGAUUUACUUCAAAAAUCAAAAGAAUUAUUUUUCAGUCAAGAUAAUAUGACAGUUUUUGGUAAUUGGGAAGAGUUAGAUGUUGAAAUGUUUGAUUUUAAAAGAAAACCUAUAGAAGAGGAUACAACAGUCAUAGAAUUAUAUGAAAAAACUGGUCUGCCAAAACUGAGAUAUUACCUAGCUACUCGCAGAAAAAAUGGUAUCCGUUCAUUUAUUCAGAAUACAAAAAAUUAUACGGAAGUUUCUAUGGAACAUGUCAAUCUUUUAACCCCUGAUCCACCUAAAAAUUCAACUCUAGAAUUUUCUAUUGCUAAUGAUUCUAUCAUUAAAGGUGACUUAUUAUUCUUACCUAUAUAUUAUUUAAUUUAA